UGAAGAGAGAACACCCUAUGCUUAAGCCAACGCUUGCAAUUUUACAGGCAGGAAGUUAUGAUUUGGUGCAAGAGAUGAACAAGAAGUUGGCUGAAGAGAUUGGUCUACACAUUAUCCACAUUUGGCUCCCUGAAGACAGCAGUGAAGAUGAGAUUGUUGGUGAAAUCUUGAAACUCAAUGAUGAUCCUACGGUUCAUGGUCUUGCCCUUCACCUCCCAGAAAAUGCCUAUAGCAGCAAAAUAUUAAAUGCAUUGAAACCAGAGAAGGAUGUGGAUGGAGUAUCAGCUGUAAACUUAGGACAACUGGUGUAUGGAGAUGUUUACGACUGUUUACCUUAUCCCACUGCCAGUGCUGUGAUAGAGCUUCUUGAAAACAUAGAUAGAACUAUAGAUGGAAAGAAGGUGCUACUGGUUGGAACUGCAGCACCUCUGGCAGCCUCUCUUCAGUGUCUACUUCAGAGAAAAGGAGCCAUGGUUAUGAGCUGCCAGUGGAAAACGCAGCAACUUCAGAGCAAGCUGCAUCAGGCAGAUGUGAUGGUGAUAGGUAGCAUCAAACCAGAAGAGAUUCCAGUCAGUUGGAUAAAGCCUGGAACUACCAUUGUUAACUGUUCUCAUGAUGUUUUAUCAGGCAAACUUUGUUAUGGUCAUCAAGAUGUAAAGUACGGUGAUCUUGCUGCUGAGGAGGCUCUAGUUUCUCUGGCAGUAGCAAUACGAAUGCAGAACAUGAUAAAAACCACUGAGAGGUGGAUCCGGUCCCAGCAAUACAGGAAGUGGAACCUCCAUUGCUUGAAACUUCAUCCCCUCUCCCCAGUGCCCAGCGAUAUUGAGAUUUCCCGAGCACAGAGUCCAAAAGCUGUUGAUGUGCUUGCCAAAGAGAUAGGAUUGCUUGCAGAUGAAAUUGAAAUCUAUGGCCAAACCAAAGCCAAAGUACGUUUGUCCCUGCUGGAGAGGUUAAAGGAUCAACCAGAUGGAAAAUACAUCCUAGUUGCUGGGAUAACACCCACCCCCCUUGGAGAGGGGAAAAGUACUGUCACAAUUGGUCUUGUCCAAGCUCUGACUGCACAUCUUGAUAUCAAUUCUUUUGCUUGCUUAAGACAGCCUUCCCAAGGACCUACCUUUGGAGUCAAAGGUGGAGCAGCAGGGGGUGGAUAUGCCCAAGUCAUUCCAAUGGAAGAGUUUAACCUUCAUUUGACUGGAGAUAUUCAUGCUAUUACAGCUGCUAAUAAUCUGCUGGCUGCUGCUAUUGAUGCUAGGAUCUUGCACGAAAGCACUCAGUCUGAUAAGGCUUUAUAUAGCAGGCUGGUUCCAGUAGUUGAUGGAGUGAGAAAAUUUUCUACUAUUCAGCUUGCACGACUGAAAAGGUUGGGAAUAAGCAAAACUGAUCCUGGCACUUUAACAGAAGAAGAGAUCAGUAAAUUUGUACGUCUUGAUAUUGACCCCUCUACCAUUACAUGGCAAAGAGUAUUGGACACAAAUGACCGAUUCCUACGAAAAAUAACAGUUGGGCAAGCAAAUACGGAAAAGGGAUUUAUCCGUCAGGCUCAGUUUGACAUUGCAGUUGCAAGUGAGAUUAUGGCAAUUUUAGCACUGACCACUAGCCUGGCAGAUAUGAAAGACAGGCUGGGAAAAAUGGUGGUGGCCAAUGACAAAAAUGGACAACCUGUGACAGCAGAGGAUUUG